AUGAGACCUCACGUCAUCACUCUCUUUCUCCUCCUCCUCCUCCUCGUCCUCCCGAUCCCAGGAAGAAGCCAUGUUCGACAACUGAGCAACUAUCAUGUACGUAGCAAGCGGUCUUUAGUCGCCGGUUAUGAGCCUGACCCAACCCUUGCCCACGAUGACACUUGCAAUGACAUCGAUCUUCGUUAUGGCGUGGAGAAAGGAUUGGUUCCUGGCGGCCCCGACCCCAUCCACCAUUGA